AUGGACUCUUCAUAUUCCUCUCAAAGCGCCUCGGGACUUUCUGAUGAAUCCGUCGAGUUCUCCAAUGAAUCCCUUUCGCUGUCUGAUGAAUCCACAGUAACCCUCGAUGAGACCGAACUACAAUUCAAACCUUUCCGUCUAUUCGCUCUUCCACAACCUGCUCUGAAACAUGUGUUUCUGCGGACAGCGUUAGCUGAUAUAUUGGAAAUUUCACAGUUAUCCAAAAAAUCACGACUCGCUAUCAAAAAUUGCUCAAUUCCAGUAUCUCAUCUCGAUUUUUCGUGGAACGAUAUAAUGAUGAUCAGAAACUUUCAAACUUAUGAACGAUGUGAAUUAAAAUUCAGAACCUUAAAUUAUCGGAUGUUCAACAAAGUUCACUGUGGAGUCAUGUUCACCGAGUGGGAGAGGAACGAAUCGACAAUAAUAUGUGCACCGUAUCACAAUCAAGGUCGAAUCAGAAUGGUGAACUAUCUGAUCGAUUUAUUCAAUGUCCAUCGGUUGAAAUAUGAAGUGAACAAUUGGCCAGAAAUUGCUAUCAACAGAAUGCUCUUUAUGCUGCCGAAACACCCAGAUACUUUGAUCAUUAAAAAUGACAACAAUGGAACAGAAGUAGAAGAAACUAUUGAAAAGGUUUUGGAACACAUUGUCGCAAAGAUGCAGUAUAUCUCUGGUAUGAAAAAAGUCAAGCGACUUAUAGUAGAUAGAGCUAAAACUUUACCGAUUUCUGAAUUACUCAAGCUUAACUGCCAGAUUUUGCAAGUUAAUUAUCAUGAGUACACAGCUGUUGAUGUCAGAAAACUGAUUCUCAACUGGAAACAAAAUAAGACAGAAAUUGAACAACUCAAAAUCAAUUAUCAAAAUCACGACUUUGAUUUAUUUCAAAUUAUGGAGGAAAUUGAGACGAAACCUUCGGGUUUUUUCGAUUAUUUUGGUAUUGAAAGAGAUUGUGAUGGAUUGGAAGCUUUUAUCGGUUAUGAGGAGAAGCACGUGGUGUUGAGGGUCAGGAGUUAUUAUGAGAUUAGAGAAAGGCCUCGUGAGAUAGAGUUCCCGUUAUUCUCACUGCCGUUUCAAGCGUUGAAAAACGUUUUCCAGCAGAUGAACCCGGCUGAAACGCUUGAAAUAUCCUUGCUAUCCAACAAAUCUAAAGCAAACAUCAGACAAUGCGCUGUUAGAAUCAAACGUAUCGUUCUCACAGACUAUAGAAUCAUUUUAACCAAUAACUGUAAUUAUUAUACACUUUUCGAUCUCAUUUUCGAUAAUGACAAACACAAAAGUUGUACAUCAAGAAUGAUCGGAAACAGUCAAUUUAAGUCCUGGGUGAACACUGUCAUGCAUUUCAAACAAAAAAUCUUUUGCACUCCAAGCAAUCCUGCUGACACCUUCGAGGCAUUCAAUCAUUUUGUAGAAAUCUACAAGUUCGAUGAGAUCAAGUACAUUGUGUCGGAACCAAUGAAAACAUUCAUGAAGAACUCAAUGCAUUUACUUCCGAAAACCCUUACCGCAUUGAGUUUUCCAUGUACGAAGAGUGCUAUGGAGCCACGAGAUUUUGAAGAUAAUAUUGACACAGUUUUGGAAUAUUUUAAAAUGAUAGAUGAUUUGGAGAUUGGCGUGUCGGUGGCAAAGUUACCUGAAAAAGCCUUCAGUAUCGGAAGAAUUUUCUUGAUUUUUCCCGAAAAUCUGUCAUUCGAUGUUUUGAUGAAACUUAACUGCUCUUCUAUCACCAUAGGAUAUCACGAUUUGACCAAUGAUAAUUUAAACGUUUGGGAACAAGAAACACGUGUAUCUAAAAAUCGUGCAGGACAGUCCGUUAUGCAAUCUGCAGUGUCAAUAAAAGCAGAGAGUGCUCCAGAAGAUGAUUCUAAUUUUAAUGAAUCUACAUUAUUUCUUGGUGCUAAGCCAAACGGUUUCCGUCUUUUUGCUCUACCAAAAACUGUUUUCAAGACAGUACUCAACCAAAUGGAAUUUUGUGAAAUUCUGGAGCUUUCCUUUUCAUCCAAAAAAUCAAAAUCGCUCAUCCAAAACUGCUCGAUUCAACUGGAAAAUCUGGAUUUUUGUUGGGAUAAAAUCAUAGUUUGUAGUAAUCGUAAAUCAUACUACCCAAUUCAGUUUAAAGAACUGACAAGCUUGAAUUCUACUAAAGUUAGGAAAAUUGAAGGAAGCAAAUUCAUUGAAUGGAAUACCACCGGAUCAAACAUACACUGCACACCGCUUUCUGAUGAAAAUAGAUGUAUUAUGAUGCACUAUCUCAACGAGUUAUUCAAAGUUAAACAAUUGAAGUAUACUGUGAAUAAGUGGCCGACAUUUGUUAUCAACAAGUUACUGAAUAGACUACCAAAGCGUGCACAUUCUCUGCAGAUCUAUCAACUUGAUAGGCACGUAGCUGAAGAAACUAAAAAGAGCUUUUUGGGAUACUUCGAUAUGGAUGAUAUUACUGUUCAAAGUUCACUUCCCUGCUUACCGACAAAUAUAUACAACGUCAAGAGGCUGAAAGUCGGAUCUUGUCGGCAAAUACCCAUGGAAGAGAUGCUCCGCUUGAACUGCGAGAGUCUGGAAAUCUCUCAACAUUCAUAUAUAAACGAUGAUAUCCGACAGCUUAUACUAACGUGGAAAGAUAACAAAACACGUCUCGAACACUUUCAACUGGGCACCGCUGACAUCGAUCUUUAUGAAGUUUUGGAGGGAAUCGAAACAAAACCAUCCGGCUAUAAAGAUUAUUUUGGUGUUGAAAGAGAUUGUGAUGGGUUGAUGGCUGCUAUUGGCUAUACAGAAACAAAUGGUCCUUACGGUUCGAGUGGCGGUUGCGUUGAAUUUAUAUUAAAAAAGAAUUGCCCUGAGAUGAAGCUUAUGGAAGAAGUGAAGUUCCCAUUAUUCUCGUUGCCAUUCUUAGCUUUGAGAAAAGUGUUCAAAGAGAUGAAUUCUGCUGAAGCAUUGGAAAUAUCGCUGCUCUCUAAAAAAUCCAAGACCAGCAUCAGCAAUUGCGCCGUCAAAAUCAGGCGUAUUGUACUCUACAAAAAUCGAAUUCUUUUGACCAAUAAUUGUGACGUCUACACACUCUUUCAGCUGGUUUUCUACGAUUCCGCAAACAAAAGUUGUAGAACGCAAACGAUCGGGAACAGUCGAUUUAUUUUUUGGACAAAUGCUCACAAACAAUUCAAAAGAAAAAUAUAUUGUACUCAAACAUAUCCGAAUGACAUAUUUGUGGCAUUCAAUCAUUUUCUGGAUAUCUAUAAGUUUGAAGAUAUAAAAUGCUCAUUGUGUAGACCAAUCGAUAAAUAUAUUGAAAACUCAAUGCAUUUACUUCCAAAACAUGCGAAUUGGAUAAAUAUGUACGCGGAAUCUUCUGAUGAGACUCGUACGCUUGAAAAUUGUAUUGAUAGAGUUUUGGAUUAUUUUGAGUCUAUCAAUAUCAUGGAGGUCUGUGCACCGGUGACAAGAUUAACAGAAAGGAUGCUCAAUAUCUCAACGAUCAUCUUAAUGAAUUGUCAAGAAUUACCAUUCAAUGUUUUAUUGAAACUCAAUUGUUCCGACAUUACUUUAUGGAACCAUCGUCUCACUAAUGAUCAUUUGCACGGCCUCCAGCGGAGGCCCUCUCAAUGCACUGCGCACAGUACUUUGAGAGGGCCUCUGUGGGAGGCCGUGCAUUUGAGAACUUGGAUCAAUCAGUGGAUGAAGAAUGAGACUAAAUUCAAAAUAUUGAACAUUCAAUCCAAAAACUAUAAUUUGAAAUAUAUUCUGAGAGGAUUUGACAAAGAAUCAUGUAGAAUCAGAAAAUAUAUCAACCGGAAAAGUCUCACUAACAAUUUGUUCGACGAUGUUUGGGAGUUUCAGAGAGAAUCUGAUGGGAAGAAGGCGUCGCUGGGGCUUAAGGGCCCGUAUUUGGAGCUGCAGGAGUUAAUUCUCUUCGCCGCCCACGACGUGCUAUCCCUCCAGGUAUUAAUUACUGUGCAACCAAUAGUACCAGAGCUAUCUCUUGUAGACCACUCAUCGCUACCUAACAGUUCUAAAAUAAUGUUGUCUAAACUGGAAAAAUUGGAAUUUGCCGAUGGAACUUCUAAUAAUAUGACUUCUCUAUCAAAAGGAUUUCUUAUAUUUGUUCUACCAGAAUCAGUUCUGAAAAAGGUGUUGAACGAGAUGGAUUUGGUUGAUAUCCUUGAACUAUCCUUAUCAUCCAAAAAAUCCGAAUCCAUCAUUCAUAGCUGUUCAAUUCCGGUAGAAAUUAUUUCAUUCGAAUGGCACCAAGUUUCCGUUUUUCGUAAUCACUACGAUAAAUGUGACAUUAAAUUUGACCUCAUUGAUUGUGGGCAAACGGAGCAUAGAUUCAUCGGAGGGUGCAGAUUUGAUGACUGGAAAGUAGAGGAUUCCGGCGUAAUUAGCUGCUAUCCCCACUGUCGGUCAGCAUUGUUCAAUCAUUUGAAUACAAUUUUUCAAGUUGGGAAAUUGUUUUAUACUAUUGAUAAGUGGCCAGUGUUUCAAAUACCAUACGAACUGCCGAGAAAUGCAUUCUCAUUAACGAUCCCAAAGGUCUCCAACCCAGAGCUUGUAGAAAACACAAUUGGAACAAUUCUAGACUAUUUUGAUGUGGAAGACACUUUGGAUAUAGAAUACAACUUGUCUCGUUUGACUGAGAAGAUCAAAGUUCUCAAAGUCAAAAAUCUUAAACUAGAGAGUAUUCGGAAUUUCCCGCUCGCUGAUUUUAUCCACUCGAACCUCAAGAAACUAGUAAUUACUAAGCACGACUACAAGAGCGGUGAAAUAAGAGAUGGAAUUUUCAAUUGGUUGGGCAAUGGCUCCCAGUAUCUGCGACUGGAAUAUAGACGAAAAAACUCCGAUUUGUACCAAUUCCUGCAAGGAAUCGAUACAUAUCACUCUACAGAAAAUAAUUGCCUUCGUUUCGAAAACUACUCAGAAUGUCUAUCGGUUUCAGUUGGAUAUAAUGGAAGCUAUAUGGAGUUCAACCUCAAAAAAGAUAAAAAUUGUGAGAAGAAGAAGACAGGACUCCCAUUACUCCGUCUGCCGGCGUUACCAUUGCGAGAAAUUUUCAGUGUGAUGAAUCCAGCUGAAACACUGGAAAUCUCUUUGCUUUCUAAAAGAGCAAAAUUAUCUAUCCAAGCAUUGAAUAUCAGACUCAAGAGUAUUAUUCUCAACACGGAUCAACUGAAGUUAACAGAUGAAACUGAUGAGACCAGAGAAAUACCGAUUGAUGAUAUCUUGAAUCGUAAUGAAUUGAAACGGAAGGUGUAUAGAUCACAAAUGAUUGGGGAGAGUAAAUUCUUUACGUUCGUGAAGCUCAAUGAAGAUUUCACAAAGACAGUGUGCUGUGUUCCAAUGAAUUCAACUGAUCACUUUCUGGCUUUCACUCACUUUUUGUCGUUAUAUAAAGUUGGAACUGUUCAGUUUAAAGUGUCAAACCCACCGGAUCAUAUCUUCACAAACAUCCAAUCUAUCCCGAAUCUGGAAAUUUCAGGACGAUUGAGAAGAUUGCCGAGAGAGGUGUUCAAUAUCCCAUCGAUAAGCAUAAAAACCCCAGGAAAUAUACCAUUCGCGGACUUCUUAAGCCUCAAUUGCUCCUCGAUCAAGUUAUGGAACCAUAGAUUAACCAAUCAUAAAGUCAGAAAUUGGAUAAGACAUUGGAAGGAGAACGUGACAAAUAUCCAGUCGCUGAGCAUAGAAAAUGAUAACUACAACUUGGAUAUUAUUCUCCGAGGAUUGACCACUAGAUUGUGGCAGACGAGAAAUGAAGCCAAUCGAGCAGGGUAUCGACUUUCGUGUACUGGCGAAGUUUGGGAAAUUCAGAGGGAUUCGGAUGGAAAGAAGGCGUCGGUUGGGUUGAUGGGAGAGUUUUUGGAACUGCGUGUUUGGAAAGAUUAA